UAGGGGUCGAGGGGGUGUGAGGGUGGGGGGGAGGCACUCGCACGGGGGCCAACAGAGCGCGGGCGACCCCCUCCGUCUCCAGCUCGCUGCUGCUCUCCCCUCUUCGUCUCGUCCACCUCCUCCUCGUCCUCCCCUCCACCCUCCUACACCUACCUCACUCGUCCGUCUUCACCACCACCAACCACCACCACCGUCUCCUCGUCGCCUCGUUGAGCGGCUGGAAGACUUCACAGCUGAGGGGAGAGGCCUGGUCGCGCCAUACACUCGUGUGAGGAAUGGCGUGCGCGGUGGCAUCCGUCCCAGCCAUCGCCUCCAUCCUGGAGCCGGGCAGGGACUUCCCGGCAUGGCUGGAGACGCAGGGCGUGAACGCGGAGGUGGCCCGGGCCAUGGACUCGGAGCUGGGCAUCCGGGACUACGGGGUCCUGCGCGCCUGUGUCAGGGAUGGUCUCGUGCGGGCCGAGCUGCUGGCCGCGGCGCGCGACCGCCUGCCCUUCGGCUUCUACGCCGUGCUGCGGCAGGUGGUGAAGGCCCUGCAGGGAACCGAGCCCCACGACACCGCCGGGACACCACGCUGGGACGACGACGCGGCCGCCUCCUCCCCUGGUGACGUGACGCUGGGAGGGCUGGUGGAAGUGCUGCUCGCGUUGCUCAGCGGUUUGAGCCGGGAGCUGCUGCUGUCCAUGCGGAGGCUGGGAGGUGGUAGUGGUGGUGAUGGUGGCGGUGGCUGCGGUGAUGGCAGUGGGAAUGGAGAUGGACGGGUCUUUUCUGGGGACUCCCCGCCAGACCCGGAGGGACUCGCAUCUGAUUACAGGGUGGCUGAUGAGGAGGAGGGCACGGCAAGCGUGAAGGAUGAGUACUCAGGCUAUGAUGCCACCACAGUGUUUGCCAACGCUGAACACCACUCGCCAACACAAAUGGAAGACUAUGGUGAACACUACUACAAUCACCUGUCCGAGGAACCUCGGCAGACCCCAACCACAGCUGUUGACGGGAACAGCCCCAAUGGCGUGCCUCACAACAUUAAACUGGAGACAUUUGAAGGGGAGGAGUCGAGGGCAGCACUGGGAGGAGAGGGGAGCGACCACCUGCGCUGGGAGGAGACGGAAGCCCACCACUCAGUGGCAGCAGGGACCGCAGCAAACAGCGGAUCCCAGCUUGCAGGUAAACUGUUGGACAAAACCCCCCCAGGCUAUGUCAAGGAUGAUAGACACACACCAGCAGAAUCGCUUGUGCCUCAUCCCAACCAAUUCGACCGCCAAUGGCGGCAACAGCAGCAGGAACCGCAGCAUCAGGUGAUGGGCGAAGACCGGGUUAGCACCGAUUGUGCCGCAACUAGCACCACCGCAAGCCCACGGCUCCCCGCCAGCUGGCGCGCAGCCGUCAUCACUGCAGCCGCUAGACGACGCAGCCGGGAGCCCGGCGGCGCAAUUAUCGGCGUUGGUGGUGGCGUUGGCAUUGGCGGUGUCGGAGCCGGCAGGGGCGGGGGACGGCGCUUCGAAUGCGCGCAGUGUGGCCGGCGCUUCUCGCGUUCCGAGGCGCUGGUGUUCCACAUGCGCACGCACACGGGCGAACGACCCUACGGCUGUGACGUGUGCGGCCGUGCCUUUUCGCUGCACUCGAACCUCAAGGUGCACCGGCGGACCCACACGGGCGAGCGCCCGCACCGAUGCGACGUGUGCGGCCGUGGAUUCACGCAUCGCUCCAGCUGGAAGAGGCACCAGCGUACGCACGACCGCAUAUACAUGAUGCAACAGCUACCAACGACGGUGCCACCGCCGCUGCAGACGAUGGCGCAGCGACAGCAUGGCGAUCGUACACUCUAGACCUCCGCUUUGUGAGUUUCGACAAUAACGGACUCCCAGUGCGUGCCACUCGGAGAGUGCUUAAGCACUUUCCAAUGAGUCAGCGAUCGGCGUCGGCAUACAGGUUUCCGUUAUUCCGCUGUCUGGAAGCCCAAAUGGAAUUUCUGGAGAGCUGACUGAAAAUAAUAUAUGGCCAUCAUCAAAAAGACGGUACGCCGUAUUCCAGCACUAUCAGUAAACUAUACAAGACUGCAGCAAAACAACACAUCACACGGGGAUACCAGAAGUGUUACAUUCCAUGUUGCACCAAAGAAAGUAAAUUUUUUAAAGCAGUACGAGCAGAACAAUGACUCUGUCAUUGAUCAAGCUCCGCUUGACUUAUUAAAUGAGGCUAGACGACAACAGCGGUGUGGUACAGCAGAGGGCCUGGACUUCACAGAUUCCAGUUGCAAGGCCUGGAACCUGCUCCGCACUCUUGGUACUGCAAAAUCAACAGCCUCCCAAACCCCAGGAGUCACAGCGGACGCCAUUGGUGCUCACAUUCUCCAGA